AAUUAUUUAAAAGUGUAGUUUUAUUUUAUAAAAAUAAUUAUUGCAAAAAUAAUGAUUAUUAAAAAUAAUGCAUCUGUUAUUCUAAUCUAGUAACAUUAAAUUGCUUAUUAAGAUACGUUAAUAAUUUAUCUAUUUAGAACAACGAAGUUUAACAUGCGGCCACUAAUCGUGAGUGUUAGUUAUCAUUUUUUAUGUACACAUUUAUUUGUUUAUUUAUACACAGAAAAAAAUAAACUUUGUAAAUUGAAACCCGGAACUUGAGUGUCAGCAAAAAAAUUUUUUAAAUUCCAAACAAUAAAUUUUAUAAUACGACAUAAAUGUUUUAAGUUUCAGUCACGAUUUUUAAAAUUCAAAUAUUAAUUUUUCUGCAUAGACAAUUAAUUUAAAAAUUUAUCUCAUAAUUAUUUACAUUUUAAUUAUAAAUUUAAAAAUUACUAUUUAAAAUAAUAGUAUUUACUGAUAAAUUUAUCAUUAAAUUACUUGUCGUUUCUAAUUUUAAGUUCAUUUUUUUCCGUGUGUAUUUUUAAUUAAUAUUAUAAAAAAACAAUAGAGCAUGAAGAGCAUCCAUAUGCUCAAUGGCAAAUUCUCAGUCGUUUUUUGAUGUAUCAGUAACGUGGUGAUAAUGGUUACGAGAAUGGGGACACGAAGAUCAGGAUACAGUCUACUCUCUGGAAGCGGAUCCGGUUUAAAUACUGGCCGUUCGAAUUCCGGUGUCCUUAAGGACCGAGCCAACAUGUCUUUUAUGUUGGUCGUAAUGUUCUUCGCUGUGUUUGGAAUAAUAGUACUGACGGAAAUAUUUUUAAUUGACGAAAAACGUAGCGGCAAUAGUAGAACGGGAGCAUUCGGUGGUCACCGAAGUGGACAUCGAUUAGCGUCAUCACUAGAUCGGCCCGACUACGAAGAAGUUGUUGCUGAUGACUAUGCAACUUUGAAAGGCGGUUUUGACGCACAAAUAGGUUUACUUUUGAUGAACAAUAAUUUAGAAUCGAAAGCUGCUGAAGCGAUACCUUCAGACCCACGUGGUAUUUCUAGUUUACCACCUAGUGUGGAAGUUAGAUUGCCAUCACUUGAUCCAAAUUUGCAAAUUACUCAUGCUGAGUGGCUCCCCGUUACAAACACGAGGUUCAAAUUUUUCGUUUACUCGGCGUACUAUGACGAUAGAGCUGUCGGUGGCCGUAAUGGCGGCAGUUUAAAUUCAAAUAUAAUGCAAUCAUCAAAAUUAAAAGGUAAAAUAACGUCAAAUAAAUCUCCCGGCUUAAUAAGAGUAAUCGGUGCAACGAAAACACGAACUCCCGAACGAGUUUGGUGUCGACUGUGGUAUCGUUUUGAACGAAAUAAUACAAAUGUCACACUAUCAGUGACAGUGGCUGCUAAAAUAAAAGUCAUAAGAGAAAAUUGGAAUUUAAAAUACAGCGCUUGUUUUGUAAUAUGUCAAUUGCCUAAUGAAGCGCCUAGACUGUCAGAUUCAACAACGAUAUCAUUACCAGAGUCGGUAAGUGUUGUUGCUAAGCUACGUACAUCACCGGCGAAUAGAAUUCUUAUACAAAAUCGUCCGGAGCAUAGGCCGAAAACACGUCAAGAUUUAGCUAUUUGUGUUAAGCCACUUCAUUAUGAUUACAAUCGAGUUUUACAAUUAAUAGAAUUCAUCGAGCUCCAUCGAAUACUUGGAGUAAAUCAUGUAACUCUGUACAACGAUACUACUGGUACAGAAGCUGGAUGUGUUCUAAAGCAUUACGAAACUCGCGGAUUAGUUAGUUUUCUUCCUUGGCAUCAUCUUGACAUGAUAUCACAGCGGGAAAUACGUACUGAAGGCCUGUUUGCUGCGCUCAAUGACUGUUUGUACCGCUCUAUGUACAAAUACGAGUACGUCGCUCUUUUGGAUCUUGAUGAAUUUAUUGUUCCACGACACAAUGACACUAUUUUACAACUGAUUCGAUGGAUAUCCAGUCGAGUGAAUCCAAAAACAAGCAGCGCAUUUUCAUUUCAAAAUGCAUUUUUUUAUCUCCAAUGGCCUGAUGACCCCUGGGUUACUGUCAGUAAAACGCCAACAGAAGCUGGUCUAAUAACGCUCCGUAAAACACGACGGAAAUCAAAACUGCACCCGCAUAAACAGCGUUCUAAAUAUAUAUGUAAACCACGUGACAUAAUUGAAGCUGGCAACCAUUUUGUCUGGGAAUUUUUGGCCGGGCAUGGAACACUAAAUGUACCAGCAGAUGCGGCAAUACUCCAUCACUAUAGAGUUUGUGAAUUUGGUGGGAAUGAUUGUGUUAAAACACCAUCAAUUAUUGACAGGACUGCUUACAAGUAUCGUGACAAAUUAGCCGAUGCUGUGGAUAAAAUAUGGACCGAGCUCAACGACAAAUGUCAACUUCCUGAGCUUGAAGCAGUGCCUGCAUUGUCACCUCUUGUACCAAGUAGUCCAGAUGAUAUACAAACGAGGUAGCAUGAUAAUUUAUAAGAGAAAACCAAAUAAGACAUUAUAAUACUAAACAAUCUUUGUCGAUAUAAUUUUUACAAUUAUACCAAGCACGGUAUUUUAUUUUAUAUUUUUUAAUAAAAAUAUCAAUGAAAAAAAUUAUCAAUGGCAUUAAAGCAUAUCUAAAUAAAUUACAAAUGAUUAAUAGAAUGAUGGUAUGUAUGCAUGCGCUCAAACAUAUUUUAACAAAAUAAUUCAAAUUAAGGACAUUUUCAGACAGUUCCCGCACUUUUUUAAAUUUUCAAUGACUGAACUGCCAUAAUUGUAUCAAAAUUUUAUUAAUUAGUUAAAAUAAGUGAACCCUGAUUAAGAAAUAUUAUUUUGAAUGAUUUUUAGAUUAAGUAACUCUUAAUCAUUUUCAAUAAUUCCAAAUUGUUUAAAUUGUUUUGCUUUCAAGUAUAAAUUUUGGAACGAAUCAUUUUAAAUGAUAUCGAAUUUAAAAUAACGAAAUAUUAUUUUAGGGUUUGAAUUGUCAAAUUAUUUUGAAUUGAAUAAAAUGAAAAAAUAAUAUUGAAAUCUCUGGUUCGAUGGUAAAUGCAAAGUCACUCAAAAUGAUUUGAAUUUUCAAAUCAUUUUUGAUUAAAUCGAACGAGAAAAUAAUAUUGCAAUUACCCAAGUAGCACAGAGUCAACUUUAAGAUGUCCUAAAGAUGUCUUUUAAAAGUAUAAGACAAAUUUUUUUUUGUCUCAGUCACCUUGUUUUGGUAUAAAUACGACAUGCAAAUAUUGGUUCCGGAGACAGAGCCAAGUUGUGUUGUUUUUCCUGUCUUAUUCCAAUUGAAAAGUCAUUUAGAUGACUUCUUUUACCACUAUUUGUACUUUACUUUUUGUCGUAACUUGCGUCGAAUCUUUUAAGUAAAUAUUUUUUCGGUGACCUAAAUUUCUGAUCGUUUUGUCAACAUAUUGGUGCCUUAUCGAUAUGUCAACAAGUAGCCUAAAAAGUAGCCUAAAAAGUAGCCUCAAAUUAUUUAAAAUUAUUUCAAAUUAUAAUUUUAUGAUAUGAUACAAUAUGAAAUAAUUUAGAUUUUUCAAAUAAUUUCAAAUUAGAUUUCUUAAUGAGGGAAAGCAUUAAUUGACAAAAGGAUAACGCACUUUCGCUAAGACAUAGAUUUUAAAAAAAUUAACUUACAGUUGAUGUCAACUUGAAGUUAUAUGAACUUUGGGAUAUAAAUUUAAGUAAAAUUUUCCUGUCAAUUUUAUAAUUAGAAUUUUCAAAUUUUCUAGACUAAUUGAUCCCACCGACAUCUGAUCCCAUCGACAAUUGAUUUUUAUUAAUAACUAACUUACAUAAUUUAACUUUUAAAUUUAUAGCAGUUACUCAUGUCAUAGUAAUUAAUUAAUAAUUAAUCAUUUUAUGAAAUUUUCUGUGGGAUUAAUUGUCAGGGAUCAGUUGUCAUGGAACCCUCGGACAGUUAAUCUACAUAGGGGCGGGAAUUUCUUGGAACUUCCAAGUUAACGGAUACCCCUUCUCCCUUAAGAAGUAAACAAUAACGCAUGCGCGCAUAGUAUAUAAAUAUACAUUCAUCAUUGAGUAAAUCCUUUUGUUUAAUCAGGGUUUCUUCAUUUAAGGUUUUAAUUAAUUAAUUAAAUUUUAAUACGGUUAUGACAGUUGAAAAUCAUUGCAUGUUCUUAACAAGUGAGAGGCACUGUCUGAGAAUGCUCUUAAAUGCGGCCAAACAUUGCAGGUUAUAAAAUAAUUUAAUUACUUAUAACAAUAUGUUGAUAAAAAAUAAUUAUAAUUAAAAAAGCCAGGCACUAAUUUAUUUAUUUGUUUAUUUUUACUUAAAUAUGUAAAUAUCAAAAUUUAAAAAUUGCUCAAUUAUUAACGGCCAAUAAUUAUCGUUAAUGAUAUUUAUUAUCACUGUUUUAAUUAAGUAUGUAUACAAAAAAAGUAAAUAAUAUUUUUUAGCCAAAAAAAUAAGUUACACUCGAGACUGUAAUGCACAUGUAAUUUUAAAAUAAUGCUAAAAUUUUUUUAAUAAUUUUAAAUUGUAAAAAGUAAACAUGGUAUUUAUAAUAAUUAAAAUUAUAAUUACAUAAUAAUAAUUUAUAAUUUAAGAUUAAACGUAUUGAUACUGGUGCUUUAAUUAUUAAUAAAACGACGGCCAUUCUAGAUAACUAUUCAUUAUUUUAUUACUUUAAUACAUAUGUGAACUUGUCCCAGAAAGAGAAUAAACUUCGGAGACCCCCCACUGUCGAUUACUUUCAAUCUGCGCAUGCGCAUGAUUGAAAGUAAAGUGGGGGCAAUGUUUAGUACAAAGAACGCCC